AAAGAGACUUUCAUUAGUAACUCAAUAAAUAUCUAAACAAUGGGUUUGUUUCUUUCACUGCCUAAAAUCUAGCUGAAGAGAGUCUUAUCGAAGAAGAAACCCAAAAGAGGCAUUUGUAGCGACGAGCAUCCGUUUCCGGCAAAAGGGUUUAGAUUCAAUUGUCUGAUUUGUCUUCCUUCAGUUGCUGAAAAUCUGAAAGAAAAAACCAAACUUUGUCAGAGAUUUGUAGUUCUCAGACAUAAAAGUUCGUCGCUUUCCUCUCACUUGUCGUUCAACUGCAUCUUGAUUCUGUUAAGGGUUUGAUUGUUAUUGUACUUUACAGCUCUGCUUACCAGUAAUUUGAGAACUUGGGAGUUCUUGAACUAAAACCGCUCCUCGUUUGUUUUUGGUGUGUAUAUGAAUGAAAUGGACACGAAAAGCUGUUCAAAAUCGAUUGGAUCUGUGUCUGAGGCUGUGAUUGUAGUCUCUGAUGUGAAGGGUGAGACCAGUAACUCUAUCUCAAACCAAAAAGAGAAUGAUUCAAGAAUGGGGGAAGAUGGUGUUGGAUGCAGUAACGUUUCAGCUCAUGCUGUUCACGAGGAAGUUACAAAUACUGUUACUGCGGUAAUCUGUCACGAGAGCGAUGCAUCAACAAAAGCAAAAGACAAGGAGUUUCACGUGGUUGAUCUGAGCGGUGGAGGAGAAAGUGAUAACGGGCAAAGAAUCUGCAGAAUCUGUCACUUUGGUUCUGAUCAAACGCCAGAUAGAGUCUCUGGCAAGUCUGCAAGCGUAGAGUUGAUUCAGAUUGGUUGCAAAUGCAAAAACGAGCUUGGCCUUGCGCAUUUUCAUUGCGCUGAAGCUUGGUUCAAGCUAAGAGGAAACAGUGUAUGUGAAAUCUGCGGUUCUUCAGCACUGAAUGUUCCAGUAAGGUUGACGGAGGAGGAGUGGAGCGAAAUAAGGGAUACUACAAUGGAUGAAGGAAGAAGACGUGGAACUGGACAGUCUUGCUGCAUCUUCAUGGUUUUUCUACUCACUAUCAUUCUGCUUCAUUGGUUUUUCAAGAAGAUGAGUACUUACUAUCAAACCCAUCUAUUUAAUUUGUUAGUUUAUAAGCAUAUAUGUUGGUAACUCUUUUUUUUUUGAGAAGUAUAUGUUGGUAAUUUGUAAAUUCUAUUCUGACUCUAGACUAUAUGGAAACAAAAGAAGAUAGGAUAUAGUACAAGUUCUUUAGAUCAAACUAUGAUUAAGAAUCUAAUAAAUGGCCAAAUCAGAGUUUUUUUUACUU